GAAACCCCAUGGCGGAGUCUCGUCAGGAUGACUAAAAGGCCCUCGCCCAAACCCCUCCUCCCCCUCGUCUCCCCCCUCCCCCGCCUACGCCACCUCGCCGCCCUCUCCGGCUGCCUCGCCUGGCUGAGGUUAUUCCGCUCCGCCGGUCACAUGGUCGGCGAUCUCGCGGCUGAGCGGACAACCUUCGUCGCCAAGAUCCGGAGGGUGCGAUGGGCCUCCUUCCUCCUUGGUUCUUGGAAUAUUGGCGUGGUCCUCCUUGGGUGUUUCUUGAUGGUUUAUCUUCUCUCCGGUUGCUCCGCCGAGGAAAAGCUGCCGUUUGCCGCGUCAACCAUGAUCGCCGGCAUUAGGGUCGUCGCCAUGGUCGGCGCUGGCAAGGCACAGCAAGAGACGGCCGAGAUAAUCGUUAGUUGUCCUACUGACUCCGCAACCGUCGAUGCGGUUGUCCGCAAUGACAGACGGUUGCGGUACAAAAGAUGGCUUUGCUGGACCAGAUUUGGAAUGGUGGUCACAGUGCUUCAAUUUCUUGGAGCCAUCUACCUAAUGUUCAUUGUAUUGACUGAUAUAUCUUAUGGUGGAAGAUCUACAUCCUGCUUUUUAGGACAGGAUACUGUCAACCAAGCAUGGAAGAAAACUUUAGUUGUUUCCUUUCUUCUACUGGUGUGGCUUGUGAUCCUCAUACAGUGCUUUACGGGAUCUGAUGUUUUGAGAUGGAGAUCAUUUUAUUCAACGCAUGAUACUGCCUGGAAAGCACACUACCGGGAGGUAUUUGAUCAUGGAAUUCGGGAAGCUUUGUGCUGCCUAGGACGUGUUAAGUACUUGAGUGUUUUGGAAGAAGAUGAGGUUUACUCUGUUGCAAGGCUCGUAGGUGAUCUUGUGGCAUAUCGUGCAUCAGGAACUGGACAUCUUGAACUUUUGAUAGGACUUGCUCUCUUGCAAAGCCACAAACAAAUGCAAAAUUUGCAUGAUGAGCUUCUGGAUGCACCUGAUAUACUUGUUCAAAAGGCAGCAUUCUUCCAUCAGUUCGCUGAAGCCGCUUACACAGGACCGCUGCUUGAUUUUGGUCGAAACCCCAUCUUGUUUCCCUGUGCAUGGCUUUAUAGACAAGGAUUUUUGACUCCCUGGGCUCGUGACAGGCGACCUUUACUUGAAGGUGAUAACUGGUGGCGUGGACAUGCAGCAGCCUUUCUUAAAUUUGUCAAUCUACCACCUAAAGCUCUUCGUAAGGGUCGAGUUAGUCAAACAAAGCGGGAGGCUGCUUACUUUGUUGUGGUUCUGCAUGAUAAAAAGACCAUAGUAAUUGCUAUACGUGGAACUGAGACGCCUGAAGAUCUCAUAACUGAUGGUUUAUGCAGGGAGUGCGCCCUAACUGUGGAGGAUUUGGACGGUCUGAUAAAUAGUGAACAUUUACCUUCAGCUAAGAGACAAAAAGUUCUUUCUUCUUUCCCACAUUAUGGACAUGCAGGGAUUGUUGAGUCUGCCAGGGAACUUUUCAUGCAAAUUGAUGGCGAACAUGGAGACAAAGAUGCCUCACCAUCUGAAAUAUCUGGAUUUCUGGCGUCGUUGUUGGGACCUGGAUCUGAAUGUCAUGGAUAUGAAGUUAAUAUUGUGGGGCAUUCUUUAGGUGGUGCUAUUGCAACACUUUUAGGACUAAGGUUGUAUCGAUGGUACCCGAACUUACAUGUCUAUGCUUAUGGAACUCUUCCUUGUGUGGAUUUUGUCAUAGCUGAAGCAUGCACAGACUUUGUUACUACCAUUGUUUACAAUGAUGAAUUCUCUGCACGCCUUUCAGUCAACUCAAUCCUCAGGCUUCAUUCUGCUGCAAUUAACGCUCUUUCAGAUGAUUCUUUGGCUGAUUCAGCUAUAAUACAAAAGUUUGCUCGAAGAAUCCUUCAUGUUAACAAGUACCUCGAGGAUGGGCAGAACCAUAAUGUUUCUGCCUCAUCCAUGAGACCGUCUUUGGCAGCUACUGAAAAGAAUCAUGUUUCUAAAAGGAGGCCAUUCAAACCAAUCACAGUGAGUGCCCAAAUGAAUCAAGAUCUUUAUCUGGAGGAUUCUUCUUUGUUUGAUGAUGAUGCUUCAGAGACACAGGUUUUGGUAGACUUUGAUGUCUGGAGAGCAAAUUCCUGCAGAACUGUCAGUUCCAAGGACACAUGCUUAAUCAUGGAUCGGAUGACCCAAUUUAUAGGGGACCAACCAUCAUCUACGCAGGUACCGGUAGAACCACCAGAAAUGUUUCUGCCAGGCUGCAUUGUUCAUAUAGUACGAGAACCGAAAAGUAUUUUGCCUUUCUGGAAAAGUUGGAAACUUUUUGAGGGAGACCAUAAUCAUAGAGCUUUUCUGCCAACGAGGGAAAGCUUCAGAGAUAUCAAAGUUACAUCUCAUAUGUUCAUUGAUCAUCUCCCUUGGAGGUGUCAUUAUGCGAUCCAAAGAGUAUUAGAAGAACGCGAGUCUCAAGGCCGACAUCGUUCCAACUUAUUAGAUGCAAAAGAUAUAGCCAAUCUCGAUUUACUGGAUUUGGUUUCAUAAGAUUGCAACAAAUAUAAUUUUGUGCAUGCUUACAUGAAACAUGCAUGUUGUAUCUGCUGGGCGAGUUUAUGGUCAAAUCAGCAAAUCCUUUUUCGUCACAUGAAUAUGCAAUUAAUGAAAUAAAAGAAUGAAUAUUGCACAUUGUACUUCUGUGAAUAUGCGUGUAAACCCACCUGUUUGAUAUUCAUAACAGUCGCUAUACAUUUAAAUCCUGCUGAUGUUAUACUAAAUUCAAGCUGAUUCAAGUUGUUUGAUAUUCAACGACCAAAUUCUGGCCUUGUUCUGCAUCGGUUUCUUGGUUUAGUCUCACAGCAAUUUGGUUGCUAAUCCUAACAUCUAUUUACGAGGGUAUGGAAGUAGUGGAUAUGUGUUUGCAGGUUGAAUAAAUCAUCACAAGACAUAUCUUUUCCAUGAGAUUAAGCAAGAUGAAACAGUUUCAUCUGGCUGCCCUUCUUCUGGUCCAAAAUAUUGCAAAUUAUCAUUUGUUGCAGCUGACAACUAGCGCCUCAAAUGAGACAAGUUAUCAUUAGUAUUUUGGUAUUUAGGCAAGUUAGAAUUCGUUCGGUUUAUCUUUUCUACAAAAUCAGAAUUCAAAUCUUCAUCUUAUUUUUUUGUACUAAUAAUACAGGAACUCUCGCACUUGCAGGGGCAGAUAAAUCUGUGGCCUUCAGUGGCAAAUGAGUAGAAUCUUCCUUUUUAUCAAAGAUGCUACUAGUAGGUACACAUUAUUUAUGCGAUGUUAAUUACGAGCUCCUCAUUUAUCUGGAUUGUAAAGAAAGCACCUUUUAGAAUUCUAUAUCAUAAACUUUAUCAUUUUUGUCACUUGAAUAACUCUUGCAUUCUAAAUUGUCUUCGCUCCAUAUUCCUGUUGAAGCUACUUUGUUCAUGUAGUAAAAAAAAAAAAGAGCAACAAUAGCUUUUCUGUAGAAAAAAAAGGGAUUCUAUUAGGGUUUGAAUUACUUCUCAGUCAAAUUUGAAAAGUAUCGGGAAAUUGCUGAUAUGAAAUUAUUGUUCAUUUUUGUUAGUAAGAUGUCCAUAACUUGUUGCAUUUAGGUGUCCCCAAACAAACAAAAUAAGAAUAUAAAUAUAAACUCUAACUUUCACUUCAUUUGGUGAACUAGCUCUUAGUUCUUGAUCAUAUGCUUGCAAUUGCUGUAUAUACCAUCAGUACAGGCUCAUCCAUCCCCUGCAAAUGGUAGGUCUAAAGAUUGACAUCCAUCAAAAUAUCAUGAACUGCUAUAUUGGACUUUGGAAGUAACACAACAAAUGAAUCGCCUUUUCAUUUAUUUUUUAUAUAAAAGCUUAUCAUCAACCACUGUUGUGCUCUGUUUGUGUCACCUCUUGUGUUCCCAACUAUACCCUGAUUCUACUUGAUCCAAUCGAGAAGCUCUCAUGGUUCUGAUCAAGUCUUUUCUGUCUCUUGAUCUCUUCAGAGAACAGGAAAAUUUUGAUUUCUCGAGCUCAAUUAUUUUAAGCUCUUUCCUUUGGUUUUUAUUUUACCAUAUAGCUCUCACUAUAUGAGCAUCGGCAGCUCAACAUUUUCUCAAAUGCUGAAUCUGAAAAAUCAUUCUCAGCUUAAAUUCAUUAUCAUAUUUUCUUGAAUCCGUUCUGUCUCUCUAGUCAGAUACUGUUUUUGGUAAUCUAUCAGGCUGGUAUGAUACUGGUAUACUGGAUGGUAUAUUGAACCAGACCACCUGAUGUCCUUGAAAAAUAAUAAAUACCAGUUGGUAUCAACCAUAUUGUCUAUACUGGUCUAUGGUCAAACUAGCACACCGUACUGACCAAUAUUUGACACCAGUCAUUGUAUCGACCAUCUUCCUCAUUUUUUUUCCUUCCCAGUCAGUCCAGUACCACCAUCAGUACAUUCUUCUUUGUUGUUGAAGGAAAUAUGAUUCAGAUGCUUGGGACACUGGAAAAUUCUGGUUGUGCCAAAGCCCCAUUGGAAUUCUAACCAAAUAAUCUCAACCUGCAUUUAAUUUCAGCACAGCUGCUCCACUUGCUGGAAAAUGGUGGGCUUACUGGAUCCUGUGCCGCUGUUGAGAUAUAAUUAGUGGCUGAUGCUGGUACUCCCAACUGUCCAACGUCCAUGACUGUUGUUUUGUUUACAAUGUUGCUGGAAGAGAUGUGAUUGCCAAGGCCAACUCUGUCACAGAUACCAAGAUCAUCGAGAUCUAAGGUGUCUCCGGUCUGAAAUUUGUUGUGUUCUUGAUUGAUAACAUUGUUGUAGUAUGCUCGAUUGGAUCUCUUUUAAGUUUCAUGGACCACAUGAAAUCUAUGUUGCAUUGAAGAGAAAAUAUAUUGCAAGACUGAUUUCAAAUUGCUUUUAGUUUUA